AUGCAGCACCUCAAGGGUAAAAUAAAAGGAGAAGCUGAACGUCUCAUUCACCAUCUCACCAUCUCCUCAGAUAAUUAUGACACCGCGUGGGAAAUCUUAACACACCGCUAUAAUAACCCACAAAUUCUAUUCACAAAGCAUAUUGAGAUAUUAUUAAAUCAAGCCAAUAUAAGCAAACAAACGUCAUUCGAUAUUAAAAAGCUGCACGACGUUAGCAUGGAAUGUAUCCAUGCCAUUCACAAUCUUGGCAUUGAUACAACAACCUGGGACCCAUUAUUAGUCCAUAUAUUAUCAAAAAAAUUAGAUCAUUUAACGUAUGCUGCCUAUAUGGAAGCUCGUAAGGAUCCCAGGAGUCUGCCAGCUUUAGACGAAUUUAUGGGAUUCCUAGAGAGUAAAUUUACAGCUCUCGAACCCAUAAGUAGAAAGGAAAGGGUAGUGACAACUGAAAAGGUGUCACAGCAUCAUAUAAGCAAACCAUCAUCAUCAAAUUCAUUUAGAUUUAUGAGCACUGGGAGACCUAGCAUAAAUAUUUAUUCUCAUAAUAAUACAGGCCAUAAUAAAAUAGAUAAACCAUAUCAAAAACCAUUCUUUCAAGCAGUAACUACGAAGACAUAUAAAUGUCCACAAUGCAAUCAAGACCAUGAUUUAUUUAAAUGUAAUCAGUUCAUUGACCUGUCACCAAAAUCAAAAUUGGCGACAGUGACUAAACUUAAUAUAUGUCCAAAUUGUCUAUACAAACAUGACACUAAUUGUUUUUCAACGAAGCGAUGUAAGGAAUGCAACAGCGAGCAUAAUACGAUGCUCCACGACGCGUUUCCAAUAAAGAGGUCACCACAAAUGAAUAAUAAAAAUUUUGCAAAAUCAGCUGACAAACGAUAUAGCGCUAAUUAUGUAGCAAAUAAUGAUGAAAUGUUAUUAACAACUAUACAAAUGCAGGUAUUAUCAAGCGAUGGGUCGUAUGUAACUCUACGGGCCUUAUUAGACCAAGGUUCGCAGAUUACUAUGAUAACGGAAAGCGCCGUACAACUGUUAGGAUUGCCUCGUGAACAUCUGAACGCUUCCGUUGCUGGUAUAGGAGAAUCACCAAAUCAAAGCAGGGGAAAAGUUCUACUGGACUGCAAAUCGUUACGUAACGACUAUGAGUUUGUUGCCGAAGCACUAAUUAUGCCGAGAAAAAUAGUUCGCAAUCUGCCUACUACAUCAUUCGAUAUAAGUAAUUUUCAUCACUUAAAAAAUUUACCAUUAGCAGACCCUGAUUAUAACACUUAA